GCCGCCGGGCGACGCACGGACGAUGCACGCUUUGGAGUCCCCAAAACGAACCAAGCGUGAUCCUUCAGUUCAAGGUUCUCACUCUGGUCAUAUUGCGGGGGAAUAGUCUAGAGAAAAGGACGCAUCUAACUCAUCUUGAAUAAUGUCAUAUAUCCACCUUGGUGGCGUUUAUUCUGUUCUUUUAUUCAUAUUCUCAUCCAUGGCGGCGGUCGACCUCCAAGGUUUACCUCACAUAGCAUCUUCCAAUUCUUCCGACCAUUUUCUAUAUUUUGCUUACGGAAGUAACCUACUCAAGGAGAGACUGCAGAAGAGAAACCCUUCGGCCACUUUCUUCUCGGUUGGAUACUUAAAGGAUUACACUCUGAAGUUUGGCUGGUCAGAGCAUUUCGGCGACGUCAACAACUGGCACGGAGGAGUGGCCACCAUAGAGGAGAGCAUAGGAGAGGAAGUGUGGGGCGUUGUCUGGCGAAUGGGCCUUGAGAACCUCCAGACGCUCGACGAUCAAGAGGGAGUGCAGGAGGGUGUAUACAGGCCACUGCAGGUGAAUGUCACCACAGCCAAGGGAAACACAGUCUGCAGGAGCUACCAGAUGAAUGACUUCUACCCAUUCGUCACCUCUCCGCCUUACAAACAGGUCGUGUGCCUCGGUGCGAGGCAGCAUGGACUUCCCCUGGACUACAUCGAGAAGCUGGAGGCUGUGCAGACCAACGACUACAAGGGCCCGUCCAUCCUGGACACACUGGAGGGGAUAGAGGCGGCCUCCUCAUCCUAAUGAACCAUUAGGAUGUCUUCUUAGGGGUUUAUCUCCUACUCUAAUGAUACCUGAAAUGAAGGAGUACCUGAUCCAUAAUAAACACACCUGGGUGACAUAUAGGCUUAAUUCAAUCUGAAAACCAGCUGAAUUAAGUUGUUCCUAUUUUACAUAGACCUAUAGGCUACUGUUACACGUGUUUAACAUAGGCUUAAUUUUUUUACUUGACAAAUUACAAAUUAUUUACUGAUACAUUUGCUUAUAUUUGGUAAUAAGCAUAUAAAGAAAUAAAGAGAGUUAUUUGA